AUGAGCACCUCGUUUUUUGGGAUUAAGCUUCGUGCUUCUUUGGAAGGCACCAACGCUUUAAAAAACAAUCAUUUGGAGAAAAGGGUUUUCCCCAAAUGCAAAAAGUGCACUGUUUUGGCAAAACAUGGUUACCCUUUAAGGCAAGCUUUUAGGUUUUGUGGGCAAAAUGUGAACUUGUUGAGGAAACACCUUGUUUUCACAAGAGGGUCGAGGUUGAAAUGCUUCAAGGAAGUGGAACCACCUUUUUCUCGCAGUGUGAAUUAUUUUACUUCACUGUGGAAUGAGGGGCUUCUUUUGAUGAGAGCCUCUGUUUACAUUGUUGUUAUCUCUGGCUUGUGUUUAUUGGUUUGGUUUGGUAGGAAUAAAGCCAAGGGUUUUGUUGAAACCAAUCUCUUACCUUCUGUUUGUUCAGUAGUCAGUGAUUAUAUUCAGCGUGACAUUAACUUUGGCAAGGUUGUAAAAAUCUCACCCUUGAGUGUGACAUUGGAGUCAUGUUCAUUUGGGCCACAUAAAGAGGAGUUUUCUUGUGGUGAGGCUCCCUCUGUUAAGGUUCGUCUUCUACCUUUUGCAAGUUUGAGGAGGGGGAAGUUUGUGUUUGAUGCGGUUUUGUCACAUCCGUGUGUGUUGGUAGUGCAGAAGAAGGACUAUAGUUGGUUAGGGAUACCGUCGUCUGAAGGGCUAGGUGUUCAGAAGCGUUUGUCAUCUGAAGAAGGGAUCAAUUAUCGAACUAGAGUGAGGAGGCUUGCACGAGAAGAAGUGGCUGCGCGGCAGGCAAGAGAAAGGGAUGAUGCAGCCAGGAAAGCUGUGGAGAUAGGGUACUUUGUUUCCGAGAAGAAUUGUGAUCCAUCCAAGGGUGACGAUGAUUUAAAGGAAAUUGCAACUCAUUCAGAGGGAGCAGCAAACUCCAACUCCUUUUUCUGCAUGAGUGAGGGGAAGCACGAUCAUAGUCAUGUGGACACAGGUGUUGAUUAUGAUAUGAAACAUGGAGAUUUGGAAAAAUCAUUUGAAGUGAAGUUCCCUGGAAAAGGACUUAAAUAUUGGUUGAAAGUAAUAAAAGGGCGAGGCAAACACAAAUUUAAGAGGAAGGCUAAGAGGAGUGACAUUAGUGCAUCGGGUGUUGCUACCAAAAGAAGAAUUCUCGAACGCAGUGCAUUUGCAGCACAUGCAUACUUUUGCAAUCAAUCACAUGGGGAGUUUGGGCAGCCUUCAUCAUCUUCUGGAUGUUUGGGAUCUACAAAUCAUGAUAUGCAUUUUGAAAAAAGUGAGGUUGGCAAAAUUGCAGAAUCUGCUGCCAGUGGUGAUGAUAAUAAAAGUGACGAUAGCCAAAUUGAAACGCGAUUCAGAGAUCUGGGAAUAUCGUUGCCUUCGGCAAAUGAAAAUGUUAAUGGUGAUUAUUUAAAAUUGGUCAGUGAUCUCCCUUCACAGACAAGGGAGAGUAAAUAUGAAGAUUUGCAUUCUAGUGUGCAUGUUGCAGAACAUGCUCAUGCUAAUAGUAGUACAGAGAAAAAUGAGGAGUUAGGACUUCAUGUUGCACACAGUCCAACUGAAUUUACCGCAACUGGGGGCCAAAGAUUUGGUUUGGUACCUCAGUUGGUAACAUAUUUUCAAGUUUCAUUUGAUUCCUUAACUAUGAAAGUUGGCUUAACCUCAUUUUUCAGAAAUAUUGAGGAAUUGACAUCUCGCCUCCUCUCUGGCCUAUUUGAAAAGUUGACGUCUAGAGUAGGUAUAAAAGUUGAAGAUAUUGUUGCAGAACAUGUAGAUGGGGUUGAUGUUAUGCAGUCUGAAGGCUUCAAUAUGAUUCUUCCUGUUACUUUGGAUUCUGUUCAUUUUAGAGGUGCAACUGUGAUGUUACUUACAUAUGGUGACAGGGAAGCUAGGGAGAUGGAGAAUGUCAAUGGCCAUGUGAAAUUCCGUAACCACUACAACUGUGUAAAUGUAAAACUUAGCGGAAAUUGUAAGACAUGGAGGUCAGAUGAUAUUUGCGAAGAUGGUGGCUGGUUGUCUGUGAAUGUUUUUGUCGACACGGUUGAGGAGAAAUGGCAUGCUAAUUUGAAAAUUGACCAUCUUUUUGUCCCGAUGUUUGAAAGGAUCCUAGAAAUUCCAAUUACAUGGUCUAAAGGGAGGGCCAGCGGUGAGGUUCACCUGUGCAUGUCGAAGGGUGAAACUUUUCCAAAUCUUCAUGGACAGCUUGAUGUAAUGGGGUUGAAGUUCCAACUAUCAGAUGCUCCAUCUUGUUUUUCUAACAUAUCAGGAAGUUUAUGUUUCCGUUGUCAAAGAAUAUUUUUACACAAUGCAAGUGGCUGGUUUGGUAGCAUUCCUCUAGAAGCUUCAGGAGAUUUUGGCAUUCAUCCUGACGAAGGAGAACUUAAUCUUAGGUGUCAGGUUCCCAAUGUUGAAGUGAAUGCUUUGAUGAGAACUUUUAAUGUGAGAUCUCUCUUGUUCCCGCUAGCAGGAUCGAUAACUGGCCUGUUUAAUUGUGAAGGUCCAUUGGAUACUCCUGUAUUUGUGGGAACUGGAAUGGUUUCGAGGACAUUCUCUUCUUUGCAUGUUGACACUCCUGCAUCUGUAGCAUCUGAAGUACUUGCUAAAAGCAAAGAGGCUGGAGCACUGGCAGCAUUUGAUCGUGUACCAUUUUCGUAUGUGUCUGCCAAUUUCACUUUCAACACUGAUAACAGUAUUGCUGAUUUAUAUGGAAUUAGGGCGAGCCUCAUGGAUGGUGGUGAAAUUCGAGGGGCUGGGUCUGUAUGGAUAUGCUCAGAGGCUGAGGAUGAUGAGACAGCAAUAGAUGCAAACUUCUCUGGAAGUUUGGCCUUUGAAAAAAUCUUGCUUCGUUACAUUCCCAGUUAUCAUCAUUUGAUGCCACUCAAAUUUGGGGAUUUAAAUGGAGAUACAAAACUUUCAGGAUCCCUUUUAAGACCGAAGUUUGAUUUAAAAUGGACUGCACCUACAGCAGAAGGGUCUUUCAGUGAUGCCAGAGGAGAUAUCAUAGUCACGCAUGAUUUCAUUACUAUUAAUUCUACUUCUGCUGCAUUUGAUUUGUAUAUGAGACUUCAAACACCUUAUUCUGAUAGUUUUUCUAUUAAAAGGGAAGAGUCUUAUGCACCAAGAGCCCUUCCAUUUACUGUUGAUGGAGUUGAGUUUGAUUUACACAUGCGUGAGUUUGAAUUCUUUAGUUUGGUUACGACUUAUACAUUGGAUUUUCCAAGACCUUUGCUUUUGAAAGCAACUGGAAGAAUUAAGUUUCAGGGAAAGGUUUCAGAACAUAGUCAACCUACUACCACUAUUAUUGAACAAAAUUUUGACAAGAACGAGCAGCAUGUGCAAAUGUUGGAGAAAGCAAGUGUAGAUAGUCUUGUUGGUGAGGUUUCAAUCUCUGGUCUCAAAUUGAAUCAAUUGAUGCUUGCACCUGAGCUGUCUGGGUUGAUGAGAGUUUCUCCCAAGUUUAUCAAGUUGGAUGCCUCUGGUAGGCCAGAUGAAAGUCUAAAAGUGGAUUUUGUUGGGCCGCUACAGCUCAGUGGUGAAGGUGGUCUGGAAAGCGGACAAUUGUUGUCCAUUUCUCUUCAGAAGGGACAAUUAAGGGCUAAUGUAGAUUUUCAACCAGGCCAUUCAGCUAGCUUGGAGGUACGAAAUUUUCCACUUGAUGAACUGGAGCUUGCUUCCCUCAGGGGAACUAUACAGAGGGCAGAAAUCCAGCUUAAUCUCCAAAAAAGAAGAGGACAUGGAAUCCUAUCUGUACUUAGGCCAAAGUUCAGUGGAGUGCUUGGUGAAGCCCUUGAUGUGGCAGCUAGGUGGAGUGGAGAUGUUAUCACUAUUGAAAAGACUGUUUUUGAACAAAGCAACAGUCAUUAUGAAAUGCAAGGUGAAUAUAUAUUACCUGGUACCCGAGAUCAUAACCCUGUUAACAUAAAAGAGGAUGACAUUUUAAAAAGGAUCAUCCCUGGGCAUCUUGGUGAUGUUAUAUCCUCAAUGGGAAGGUGGAGAAUGAAACUUGAAGUUUGCAGAGCUGAAGUUGCUGAGAUGCUUCCUCUUGCAAGGCUUCUUUAUCGAAGCACGGAUCCUGCUGUUCUUUCAAGAUCAAAGGAUUUUUUUAUUCAAAGUUUGCACUCGAUGGGGUUAUAUUCUACAAGCACUCAGCAACUGCUUGAGUUAUUAAGGGGGCAUCAUGGUCCAUCAAAUGAUGAUCUUGAAGAUUUGAGUCUGCCUGGUUUACUUGACCUCAGAGGUCACUGCAAUGGCUCUCUUGUUGCCAGUGGCGGAGGGAAUGGAGACACCCUGGCAGAAUUUGACUUUCAUGGGGAGGAUUGGGAAUGGGGAGAAUAUAAAACCCAGCAUGUCAUGGCAGUUGGUGCUUACAGUAAUGAUGAUGGUCUUCGCCUGGAGAAAAUUUUUAUCCAGCAGGAUAAUGCCACCGUUCAUGCUGGUGGAGCUUUAUUAGGGCCUAAAACCGACCUUCAUUUUUCUGUCUUAAAUUUUCCUGUUAGUCUGAUCCCAACUGUAGUUCAGAUCAUUGAAUCUUCAGCAACAGGUGGUGUUCAUUCUCUGCAGCAAUUGUUUGCACCCAUUAGGGGUAACUUGCAUAUGGAAGGAGAUCUUGGAGGAAGUUUAGCAAAACCAGAAUGUGAUGUGCAAAUAAGACUCCUUGAUGGGGCCAUUGGUGGAAUUGAUCUUGAACGAGCAGAAGUUGUUGCUUCUCUAACCUCAACCAGUCGUUUUCUAUUCAAUGCAAAAUUUGAGCCUUUGACCCAAAAUGGUCAUGUACUAAUUCUAGGAACCAUUCCUGUUACUUUAUCACAAAGUAACAUGUUACAGCAAGAUGUAGAAUUAGAUGAGAGUAGGGCCACUUGGGUUCCUGAUUGGGUGAACAAGAAGAGAGGGAUCACUGAUGAUGCCAGAGACAAAAGAGUUGUUAGACAUGGAAACAAAGGAGGUUGGAAUACUCAAUUAGCAGAAAGCCUAAAAGGUUUAAAUUGGCAAAUUCUAGAUCUUAAAGAAGUCACGGUUGAUCUUGAUAUAAAAGAUGGGGGAAUGAUGCUGGUAACAGCUUUAUCUCCUUAUGCCGAUUGGCUUCAUGGCAAAGCUGAUAUCAUGCUUAAGGUCAGAGGUACAGUUGAUCAACCGGUGCUUAAUGGAUAUGCAUCAUUCCACAGGGCAUCUAUAUCUUCACCUGUGUUCCAAAAGCCACUAACUAACUUUAGUGGAUCUGUUCACAUGAAAUCAAACAGGUUAUCCAUCACUUCACUGGAAAGUAGGCUAGACAGAAAAGGGAAGCUGCUGGUAAAAGGGAACCUACCUCUCAGAACUAAGGAAGCUGCUCUUAGUGACAAGAUUGAGUUGAAGUGUGAAGGUCUAGAAGUGCGAGCAAAAGAUAUUUUAAGUGGUCGGGUUGACUCCCAUGUGCAAAUAGCUGGUUCCAUAUUGCAACCUAACAUUUCUGGAAAUAUUAAACUCAGUCAUGGAGAAGUAUGUUUGCCACAUGAUAGGGGUGGUGCUGCUUCAAAUAGAUUUCAUGGCGAAACAUUUGCUUCAAAGUAUAUUUCCCCUUACUUCAGCUCAGAACCUUCUUCUUUGACAACUAAAAUUUCUCAAUCCUCUAGCUCUGUGGAAAAGGGCAUGGAGGAAGUGCAGAUAACCCCAAAUAUAGGAAUCUACCUCAGUGAUUUGAAGCUUGAGCUUGGACCAGAGUUGAAGAUUGUUUAUCCUUUGAUUCUUAAUUUUGCUGUUAGUGGAGAGCUUGAGUUGAAUGGUCUUGCCCAUCCCAAAGGUAUAAAGCCUAGAGGCGUACUGGCAUUUGAGAAUGGUGAAGUUGAUCUAGUGGCAACACAGGUGAGGUUAAAACGGGAGCAUCUGAACAUUGCAAAGUUUGAGCCUGAGUAUGGACUUGAUCCAAUGCUAGAUUUAACCUUGGUUGGAUCGGAGAGGCAAUAUAGAAUUCAACAUCGAGCUAGCAAUUGGCAAGACUUUGUAGAACAUGAUACACUAUCAUCAAUUGAGGUUGCCAGAAGACUUGAUAGUCAGUUCGCAGAAUCCAUUUUAAAAAAAGAUGGUCAAGUUGCAUUUGACAAGCUUGCAACGGCUACUCUUGAAAAAUUAAUGCCACGAAUAGAAGGGAAGGGAGAGUUUGGCCAGGCUAGAUGGAAGAUGGUGUACGUGCCUCAGAUUCCUACUUUGGUUUUUGCUGGUCCUACAGAAGAUCCUUUCAGGUUACUUGCUGAUAAUUUAUCCUUUGGUGCCGAUGUUGAAGUUCAUCUUGGGAAACACCUUCAGGCAAGAAUUGUGAGGCAAAUGAAGGAGUCACGAAUGGAAAUGGAUUGGUCCUUGACAUAUCAACUUACUAAUCGCCUACACGUGUGCCUUAAGUACGGGUUAUCCAAAUGCAUUCUUUUUGAAUAUUCUGCUACAUACUAG